GUGUUUUGGUGUAGCUUCUCCCCCUCUCCGUCUCCUUCCCAGUAGAGACUGCAGCCAUGGCGGCCUGACAACCUAUAGCCCCGCCCCUGCAGAGUGGUGCGUCAUGCCACCCCACACUCACCCGCCUGGGGGCUUCGGCCUGCCCCCUCCUACCACCCAUCAGCCAGUCCUCCUCUGUGUCCUCUGCCUGCUGGCAGCGCUACUCCCUUCCGCCUCCUCCUGUCCUCCGCUAUGUGUCUGCUCCACAGACAGCCCGGUGGUGGACUGCGGGGGCCGUGGGCUCUCCUCCCUGCCUCCUCUGCAUCUCCUGCCGCAGGGGAGCCGCUCCCUGCUGCUGGCCAACAACAAGCUCUCCUCGCUGGGAGCAACCGCCUUUGCUAACCUCUCCUCUCUGGAGGUACUGGACCUGUCUAAUAACUACCUAGACAACUUGCCAGCUGGUUUAUUUCGAGACAUGUCCAACUUAACAAGACUGACUCUGCACAACAACUCACUAACCAGCCUGGACAGAGACUUGUUUCAGGGUUUGGGAGGGCUCCAGAGUCUGGACCUCUCCCUGAACGGUAUCUCCUCCGUUCCACUGGGACUACUGGAUGAGCUGCAGAGUCUCAGGUGGCUGUGUCUAGCAGGUAACAGGCUCAAUGGGUUGGAGAGGGCAGCGUUCGAGCCCUUGAUCAACCUACAACAUCUGGAACUGGGACAGAACCCCUGGGAAUGUGACUGCAACCUACGUGACUUCAAGCACUGGAUGGAAUGGCUGCUGUAUCGAGGGGGCAAGGUGGAUGCUGUGGAAUGCACACUGCCCAAGGACCUGCGGGGGCGGGACAUCCGCGGCGUUCCUGUGGAGAUGUUCAACUACUGCCUCCAGCUUGAGGAUGAGAAUGGGGCUGGCAGGAGCGGGGCCUCCCGCUCCGGACCAGGAAGUGGAUCGGCAGGCGCCGCCUCCCCGCCCUGCAGCCGGAGCACUCUGGACCCCACCGGCGCUGCCCCCACAUCUGACAACGGCAACAGGAAUAUUGGGGACAAGUCGGACACCCCUUCGAACAUGGGGGAUGGGGGAGGCGGGGAGCCAGCGGCAGACUGUGUGCGCGCCCGCUACCGGCCCGUGAGCGUGCGGCGUGCCAUCGGCACGGUGGUGAUUGCUGGUGUGGUGUGCGGCAUCGUGUGCAUCAUGAUGGUCGCAGCAGCGGCAUACGGCUGCAUCUACGCCUCGCUGAUGGCAAAGUACCAGAGGGAGCUGAAGAAGAGGCAGCCGCUGAUGGGGGACGGCGAGGCAGACGGAGAGGAGAGGGAGGAGAAACAGAUCUCCUCUGUGGCCUAG